AUGGUGUUUUCGAAAGGACGAAAAAACAUGUCUACUAGUAGUCAGGCACAGAAAUCUACAUCAAGAAAAGCUACCAGUGCAUCAGUGGACACUGAUUCUGCACAUCAAUUAUCAGUUCACUCUCGACAAGGUCGAAAUAAAUUGCUCUCGGAAUCGAUUUUACCAUUACUUUUAUGUCUUGCAUGUCCGUUUCUCGUUCGAUCGAUUGUAUUCAUCUGUACACAUUGCCAUGGAUCUAUUUCUGAAUUCUUCCAACGUCUCUUAUUCAGUCAAACGGUGACCUUAAAAGACAUCUUAGAAGAUUUUUUCUAUUUCGAAUGGCAUUGGCCAUCGGGAAUCAUCAUAAUCAGUUUCUUAAUCUAUGCUGUUGUUAUGACCAUUAUCUUACCUGGAAAAGAAUAUAAAGGUCCGGUAACAGAUACAGGACAUGUGCCUGUCUAUCGAGACAAUGGUUUUUGUUAUUACAUUGUUUCGUUAAUUCUAUUUGCAAGCUUAACAUUUCUGUUGAAAUUGAAUCAUCUCUCUCCAACGUAUAUUUAUGAUCAUUGGGAGGAGUUCUUAUCGACUGUCAGCACAUUUGCUUUUCUAUUAUGUUUUCUUGUUAUGUUGAAAGGCAAAUAUAUACCAUCGACAAACGAUCAUCGAUCGUCAUCAAAUUGGCUGACAGAUUUUUAUCGUGGUGUCGAAUUGUAUCCACGAAUAUUUAAUGUCGACAUUAAACUUAUUACUAAUUGCCGUUAUGGCAUGUUGGCUUGGGCAUUAUUAACAGUGAUUUUCUGUAUGAAAACGUUUGAGUUAUAUGGCUUUACAGAUAGUGCUUUUAUAACAUGUGUUUUAACACUUGUGUAUCUAACGAAAUUUUUCUGGUGGGAGUCGGGUUAUAUGAAAACCAUGGACAUUAUUGUUGAUCGUGCUGGAUUUUACCUUUGCUGGGGUUGUCUCGUAUGGGUAUCUGGUAUUUAUACACUUCCAUCUUACUUUCUCGUCACACAUCCCAAUCAGCUCGGUUGGACAUCAACGGCAAUCGUAUUGACAUUAGGUCUUGUCUCAAUCUAUAUUAACUAUGAUUGCGAUCGACAAAAAAUACAAGUUCGAUCAACGCAAGGUAAAUGUUCAGUGUGGGGCAAACCAGCGAGAACAAUCCAAGCCAAAUAUCGUCUAUUGAACGGUAAAGAACAUGAAAGUACAUUAUUAGCUUCGGGUUAUUGGGCGAUUUCAAGACAUUUUCAUUACAUACCGGAAUUAACCUUAGCCUUUCUUUGGACAUAUCCAUGCGGUCUACAACAUAUCUUACCAUAUUUUUAUGCUAUUAUUCUAUUUAUAUUGCUAAUGCACCGUGCACAUCGAGAUGAUCAAAAGUGUCGACUAAAAUACGGCCUUGCCUGGGAUAAAUACUGUCGUCUAGUGCCAUAUAAAGUAUGGCCGGGAAUAUAUUAA